AUGAACUGAAAGUCUCUAAGCCUGGUGCAAAGAAGUUCUUCCAGGAACAAGGGCAAAUGCUCCUAUCAGUGCUGUUAAGGGAUCACCGCGUUGUAGUUCAGCUGCAGGACGACAGCAUGCGGGAAGAUGUAGAUGAUGAAAGAAGAGAUGGGAUCUGGGGUCAAGUCCAGACAGUGUCUUUGGGGAAAUACACUGUUCGCAUCGGUCACCUGACUCUGGAGCUGUCACCUGGUGACAUCACUAAAGAGACUACUGAUGUCAUCGUCAACUCCUCCAACAGCACUUUCUCCCUAAAAUCAGGAGUAUCCAUGGCCAUCCUUGGGGCUGCUGGGUCAGCUGUAGAGGCAGAAUGUUCAGAGAUUGUGAGAUCUCCCAAUUACCAGCAAACAGAGAUGAUCUUGACAUCCCCUGGCAGGCUUCCAUGUAAACAUAUUGUGCAUAUUGUGGGAAGAAGUGAACCCAAAGACAUCAAAGAGGCUGUCCAAAAUGUUCUUACGUUUUGUGAGCAGAGAAAGUUUUCCUCAGUGUCUUUUCCAGCUCUGGGCACAGGUCAAGGUGGAGCCAAUGCAUCUGCAGUGGCUGAGGCAAUGAUUGAAGCCGUUGUCAGCUUCGUCAAGAAGACCAAAUAUCAAAAUAUCAAACUCGUGAAGAUACUCAUCUUUCAGCCCAACAUGCUCACAGUGUUCCACCAGAGGAUGGCACGGCAGGCUAAAGGAGAUGCUAUUACUGGCUUGCAUUUUUCUGCGGGCACUGAAGACGUGAGACAUGACGGUGAGGAGUUUGUCAUGGUGGGUGAAGAGUUCACACCUGCCAUAUUCCAGCUCUGUGGCCAGACUUCCCAGGACGUCAGCAAAGCCAAAGACUUAAUCACCAGCCUUAUUCUGAGAGAGCAGAUGUCCACUCAAGUGAACGACCCGCUGAUCAGCCGCUUCACCCCAGAAGAUGCUGAAGAGCUGCAGAAACUGCAGAGGGAGCUGACCGUCAGUAUCAGGCUGGACAAGACAGGAAGUGAGCCAGUUGUCCACCUGGAGGGCCUGACACGAGACGUGGUCGUGGUUGAGAGAAAGAUAAUGGACACGAUUCGGAGGGUGGAGAGGAAGGAGAGAACUAGACAGGAGGAGUUCAUAUUUAGCACCGUUGUAGAGUGGCAGUAUCUGGACAGGAGCAACCAAGUUGUGCCUUUCAACAUGAAUAUCAACAUGAUUCUAGAGCAAGCCUUCCAGCAGAAACAGCGCACAGUGAACAUCAAGAUUGGCAAACACAAUUAUCAUGUUAACCUAGUUAGCAGAAUAGCUUCAAGACCUGGAGGGAGUGACAUCGGACUGAAACGAGUUGACCGUAAAGGUUCAUCUGUGAACCUACCCAGUCAUUGGGAUGACAUGAAGGGCAAGAUUGUUGUUCAAAUCCCUCUCCCCACAACCAGUAGUGAAUACAGCGAGGUUGAGAAGGAGUUCAGGAAAACUGGCUUAGCCUCAACUAUCAUUCAGAUUGUCAGAGUGCAAAACAGCUCACUGUGGAAGACCUACAUGAUUAAGAAAGAUGAAUACGAUCAGAAGAACAAACACUCAAACAAUGAGAAGAGGCUUUUCCAUGGCACAAAGGCUGAAGCAAUAAACAAAAUCAACAAUCAUGGGUUUAACCGAAGCUUCGCAGGAACCCAUAGUGCAUUGUAUGGAAAUGGUACCUACUUUGCAGUUGAUCCACAGUACUCCAGCAGGUACUGCCCAGCUGAUGCCAAAGGAGAAAAGCGCAUGUACUUGGCUAGAGUUCUGGUGGGAGACUAUACUAAAGGAGCAGGUGGCAUGAUAUGUCCUCCAGCCAAGAAUCCAAGAAAUGCUGCUGAUACAUACGACAGCAUGACAGACAACCCUGCAAACCCCACCAUGUUUAUAGUUUUUCAUGAUGUCCAGGCCUACCCUGAGUACAUUAUCACUUUUCAGUGAGAUUCACUCAUU